CCGGUGAGGCAGCAGGGGCGUGUGGAGGCUAUCCCUCCCUCCUUCCCUCCCCCGCGCGGGCCGCCGCCCUCCACGCUGCUCGUCCUCACUCCCUCCCUCCCGGCCGGGCCCGCGGGGCGACACUCACCGGCGGCUCCGUCCUGGCGGCGCAGGCGGCUCGCACCGGCCCCGGAUAAGCUGUCUGUGGAGAUUAAGGACACAUUAAGAACAUCUGCUUUUGAAGGUUACAGAGCUGCUGAGCCAUGGCUGACUUGGAUAACAAUCUCAGUCUCGCAGACGCCCUGACAGAGCCACCACCAGAGAUUGAGCCAGAAAUAAAACGGGACUUCAUUGCCACUCUGGAAGCGGAGAAAUUUGAUGAUGUGGUUGGAGAAACGGUGGGCAAAACUGACUACGUCCCUCUACUGGAUGAUGAUGAUGACGAUGAUGCAAAGGCUGGGAGCCAGGAUCAAAAAUCCAAAUCCCACACGGAAGGUGUUCAGGUGCAACGUAGCUCUGCUUCCGGACCAGCAGCUGUACUGGAGAAUGGUGACCAUGGCAUAGGAGACUACAACACAGUAUCCCACGAAGAGAUCAUGGAUGAGAAGUUGUCCCACAAAGAGUUUAUGGAUCACAAAGAGACCUGGGCAGUGGAUGAGAGAGACCUCUGCUUUGAUCCGCAGGCAGUGUUGAAGCCCAUGGAGGCAACAGAGCCUGGUCUGAUGUACAGAGAAGUUGACCUGUCUGAUCUGAUAAUUCCUUCUGAAACGAAGACUUUUCCACCACUCGCCGAACAUGUAGAUGCUUCAGAAGAAGUUCAUGCACCCUAUGCAGCUAUGGUGGGAUCAGAGCAACCUUCCUCCGAAGCCCCAUAUUUUGCUGCAGAAGCCCUAGACUCAUCAGUCUUCUCCAUGGACUCGGCUGCAGAAUAUCUGCAGGAAAGAGCAGCACCUGCAAGAGACCGAGUGCCUGAAGAACCUUGGUUUGGAAGUCAGUACGCUGAGGAGACACUGGAUGCCUCGUUCUUUGUUCAGCCAACAGUGCCCAUCAGGAUACCUGAUGCAGCAGAGCAAUGUUUGCCAGAAAGUUCAAUAGCAGAUGCUCCUUUUCUAGUAGCGGAGCCCACGAAAGAGACCAAAACUACCGCCGCGCCCCAGGAAGCCGCACCAGCAGAUCUUGCAGCAAACACUGGGUCUGUUCCUGCUCCUCCAGCCUUGGCUUUUGCAGCAGAUUCGUGGGCUGCUCCUGCAGUGGAUGCUGGGACUGCUCCUGCCAUGGAUCCUUGGAGAGUCGGGUCAGCUCCUGCAGCUGGUCUUUGGUCCCUUCCUGCAGCAAAUGCUGCAUCUGCUCCCACCAUGGAUUCUUGGGCAGGUCCCGCAGCAGAUCCUUGGGUGACUCCUGCAGUGCCCGUCACUGCAGCAGAUGCUGGCUCCUCGCCUGCAGCAUGUGUCCCCACCACCGAGGCUGGGGCUGUUUCUGCCAUGGAAGAGCUGCUGACGUUUGACCAUUCCAUUGAGCAGCAAGGGCCAGCUCUUCAUAUGCCUCCAGCAGGAUCUUCAGCACCUUUUGUGAUCAGGGAACAAGAAGUUCCAGUCCCAGAAGUGUCUGUUCCUGAGGCAGAACAUGCUCCUGUGCUAGCUAAGCUGGAGGACAAAGCACCAUCACCCAACCAACAUCUUCCAGAGCCAGUCACCUGUGUCCCAGAGCCAGCAGCAGAAGCAAAAGAACCAGUGACAAUAGCAGAAGCAAAAGAACCAGUGACAAUAGCAGAAGCUAAAGAACCAGUGACAAUAGCAGAAGCAAAAGAAACUCUUCCAGAAAAAUCAGCUCCUUUAGGUGACUUCACCCCAGUGGAGAAGCCAAAGGAAGAACCUGAAAAUGGCCACGUGCAGCAUUUGGAACCGGUGCAUGAUAAACCUCCCCAGGAGCCUACAGGUGUACCUACUGCACAAGUAAGGCAAGCUAGCAAAUCAAGUGAACGCAGGUUUGGCAGAACAGUGCCUUUUGCAGAUGUCCCAGAGGAGCUUCUAGUAGGUCUGCCUCACCAGAAGAGCGCUGACCCUUUUUCUGUGGCAGAAUGUGGAUACGUCACUGGAACGCCACCUCGAACCAGAACGCCACAUAAAAAGGCAGCUGGACAGCUAUCUGGCGUGCCAUCCGAGUUCGUGGACAGCCAGAGAGACGUGCAGAGAGAGAGCUGGGAUUCUGAAGGUUCUCCAGUGAUUAUAAAGAAGAAGAAGAAGAAACCAAAGCAAAAGAGGAGCCAGCAGCCGAGAACAGCGGAGCCGGGGGAAGAAAACGUAGAGACUUCUAAAUGUCUCAAGGCUCCUCCGCUUGCUCUUGAGCUGCAAAAACCAGAGGCGUUCUUCCCCCUACCUCCUGAAGAGCACUCGACUGUCUCAAGGGAGUGGCAAAGAACGGGCGCUUCUGACAUGGCGAGGAAUACAAAGACAGAAAGCAAAAGCCACUUCUUAGAUAGUCCAGAUGUGGUCUCUGGUUCAGCAGCAGGGCAGCAGGAAGGACCACUUAAACUCCUGCCGCAUGCAAAAACUGGAGAAGUCGUCAAAGCGGAGGAAAUGAAAGAUGACAGCUUGAUGCUGCAAUCCAAAGGCAGAAGAAAACGGGUACCCAUGGAGCAGCCAGGGUACAAAACAGAACAGACUAAGAUGGGGGAACCCAGCUCGGCACCGACACAGCUCAAGCCUUUGGAGAGAAGUCCUGUUGAUAAAAAUGAAAAGAUGGAGUAUAAAGAGUUGGGGUAUUCUGACCUCAAGGCACCUCUUUCAGAAAGCAUCAGUCUAAACAAAGUGGAAAGUCCUUCAGAGGCCAAACCUGCAGAAAUCUUCCCUUUUGAUAAAAGUCAGGAGGCUAAAUACACGUCUCCCAAGGCUGGAGAAGCAAAUGUGACGGUUCCAAGUGAAAUUCAAACUCCCGGUGGGGCUUUGAUGGAUGAGAAACCAAAGAAAAAAGGUAGUGAUAGAAAAAACAAAAAAGCUGAAAAUGGGUUCUCCAAGCAGGCUGCUGUUUUAGACACCAAGGCACAGAUGACCGAGCUCCCUGAUGUGCUGAAGACAGUUGACAAAAUUGAAGGAACAGAUUCCUCUGCUAAAAGCAUGCAGGUUGGCGUUAGCACUUCAGAGGAGUUAUUGAAGGCUACCACAGAUACAACCAAAGAACUAGUCCUACCACUGGUAGAAGAGAAACCCAAGGAUAUUGCUGCAGAAAACAGGAAGGCUGACACCCAUUUUUCAGAACAGCCAUGUCUUUGGGAGACCAAGACUGAUGGAGUCAAACUCCCUGCUCCUCCUCUACCAGCUGACAAAGCUACGGGGGCGUAUGUCACUGAUAAAAGCAAGGAGACUGGCUUCAUGGCAUUGGAACCACAGGCUGUGACAGACCCCAGCAUAGCCGUGGUGAUGGACAAACCCAAAAAAAAGAGUGGUGAAGGGAGAAGCAAGAAGGUCAAAAGUUCCUCUGAGCUACCAGGUCUUUUGGAGGCUACAGAUACCAGCAAACUUACUGCUGUAGUGGAGACAGAUGGCAAAACUAAAGACUCAAGCUUUAUUGAGAGAGGGAAGGAAACUGCAGAGCAUUUAUUAGAGAAGAUAACAUAUCCUAGUGCUCCAAAAGCAGCAGACAAGCCAAAGAAAAGGACAGGUGAUGGAAAAAGCAAAAAGGUUGAAAAGACUUAUUUCCAGCAGCCGAUCUUUCUGGAGGCAAAGGCAGACCCCAGUGGUCUGUCUGCUGUCGUAGAGACAGAUGACAAAACUAAAGAAAUAAGUGUUGAUAAUAAAAGCAAGGGAAGUGGUUUAACUACUGGAGAACACCUGCUGGAAGGCAGCACAGAUGCAACCCAAGUGCAAGGCCCCACUACACUGGUAACUGAAACAUGGCAAGAGGGUAUUGCUGGAAAAGGUGACUUGAGCUUGUCAGAGCAAACCUUUGUUUUGGAGGCUAAGACAGAUGCAGCCAGAUUUCCUGCUAGUGCCGAGAGAGUCGGUAAAACCAAGGGAGUAAGUAUGACAGAGAAAAACAAGGAUUCUGAAUGUAGUGCAUUAGAGCAACCGCCUGUGACAGGUUCCAGUGUGACACCUGUGAUGGACAAACCUAGGAAGAGGGGGAGUGAUGGGAGAAGGAAAAAAAGUGAAAAAAGUGCUUUUGAGCAGGCUCUUCCUCUGGAAACUAAGGUAGAGGCACAUAACCUUCCUGCUGUAGUGCAGACAGCUGAAAAACCUAAAGACACGGCCUUUGCCGAUAGAGGCAAAGAGCCUGACUCAAGUACAGCAGAGUGUUGGCUGGGCAGUUUGACAGAUACAGCUGAGGUGCAUGUUCCCAUUGCUGAACCAGUGCAGGAAAAACCUAAAAUCCAAGGGAGUGAUGGCAAAAGCUUAUGUGAGAACUUGGGUCCCUCAGAUCCUAAAAUGGACACAGCAAAGCCAGAGCUGGUCAUCAAAAGUAAAGAACCUCUUCCCAUAGAGAAGGGCAAGGAGCUUGAUUUUGCUAUGUUAGAGCCCCUCGUGGAGGAUAGGACAGAUGUAGCUAAGGCGCACGCUCCCAUUCCAGAAGCGAUGACCGAAAAACCUAAGAAAAAGGCUGUCGGUGUAAAAAGCAAAAAAGUUGAGAGCAGGCCUGAGCCUCAUGCUGCUCUGGAGGCAAAGAUGGACCAAAGCAAAAGUCCCGGGAUGGCAGAGAAGGUAGAUGAAACAAAAGGACCCUGUGCUGCUGGUAAGGAGGUUGAUUUUGCUGCUUUAGAGAGUCUGCUGGAGGAUUUAACUGAUACGGCUAAAGUUCAGGCUCCCGUUAUGCCGCUGGAAGCAGAAAAAACCGAAUUAGAUGGUAAGGGGAAAAGUGCAAAAGCUGAGGUUGGUUUAGAGCAGCCGUUCUUUUUGCAGCCUAGGGCAGGUGCAGCCGGGCUUCCUGGCAGCGGUACAGAGAUAGGUGACAAAAUGACAGAAGGCACUUGCCCGGAAAAGAAGAAGGGAGUAGGAUUUACUCUUUUCGAGUAUCCAGCCGUGGCAGAUCCCAGUCCAGGAUUGGUGCCUGAUAAACCUAAAAAGAGGGGGAGUGAGGGAAAAAACAAAAAGGUUAAAAGUGUCUCAGACUGGCCAGUUGUGGAGGCUAAGACGGACAAGAGACAAGUGCAGCCUCCCUUGGUCGCAGAGCUGGAGUAUAGCAUGGAGGAAAUGGGGUUUGUAGAUGAAAACAGAAAUAUUAGAAACUUUCCACCUGGGCAUCGGAUGCUUUGGGAUCAUAAAGUGGACUUGUUCGCACCGUUCGCGCAGGCUGGAGCAGCUGGCUUUGGCCAAACCAGCAAAGUUUGUUCUGAUCAAAAUCAAGGGCUUGAAAGUACCUUGCCAGAGCACCCAGCAAAGGAUGGAAGAGGCCAGGUGCUCCCUCUCCCUGAAGUAGCCUUGGAGGACACUGGCAGAGAGUCCAGGACCAGGGAUAAAAAGGGGAAACAUAAGCAGAAACCAUAUGAGCAUCCUGUCAAAUUGGAAAGCAGAGGGGCUGGAAUAGAGGCUUCCAGUUCAGGCAUGGAGGGUGACAAAGCCAAAGAAACUGCUGCUGAGGAUAAGCUGACGGGGAAACAGCCUUCCCCGGAUUGUAAAGGUAUACGGGACGCUAAGGUAGGAAGGGAUGACGUGCACGUUCCCACGUUGGCAGAGAAGGAUGACAAAGAAAUAGGUUUCGCGGACAAAAGGCAAAGUGAGUGCACGUCCUUGGAGCAUGUAGUGCAGGAGGCAGACCCAAAAAAUGAAACGGUUCUUCCAGGUGCCAAAGUGACGGACAAAGCGGGAGAGACUGGCUUUGUAGCUGAGAAGGGUGUUGGGUCUGUGGCUCCCGAGCGUCCGAUGCUGUGGGAAAACAAAGCAGAAGCGGUUGCACUCCAAGUUUUAGCUGCAGCCUUGGUAGAGAACAAAGCUGAAGGAACCGGGCUGAGUGAACCAAGCCUCCUCGAGAGCUCGCGUGGGUCAGGAAACGAGGCAGAGGUAGCCGAUGCAGCUGGGAGAGGUGCCCCGACAGAAGACAUCAGUCCUGUUGAUGCAGCAAAGGGCCAUUGUGAGCCCUCCCGGGAGGAUGGUGCUGCUGAGUUGGAAGCUGGCCUGAAGGACGUCCGAGCCUUGAAGCCUGAAAAGGAUAAGCAAGCAGACUUGAUGCAGAAAAAAGUAGCUGGAUCUGGACAAAAAGUGGUGAAAGAGAAAAAGAAAGAAGAGAAAGUCAAAGCUGCAGAACAGAUUAAAGGCUACAUGAGACCCACAAAAUCGAGAGGACUUCCAGCUCCACCGCCCAGGCCUGCUGUCCAAGACCGAGAGAAGCAAAGGCAGCUGAAAAGCAAUGGUAUGAACCGGCAACGGCACGAACGAGCAAAACCAGAAGAGAUCAAACCAGUGGAGACUGUGACAGGGAGUGACAUCACAGCUCCUCCAAACAAAGAACUUCCCCCAAGUCCUGAGAAGAAGACCAAGCCUUCAGCAUCCACACCGUCAGCAAAGCCCGCCGCAGAGAAGGCCAAGCCACUGUCCGCUACCAGCCCCAAGCGGCCAGCUUCCACUACGCCUGGCCAAAACAAAAAAUCCACCAGUCCUACCACAGGCCCUGCUGCGGCCACUCCCAAACGCCCGGCCACCGGUACCCCGCGACCCUCCACUUUAACUGCAAAAGAGACUAAACCAAAGGUAGCGGAGGCCAAGAGCACAGAAAAGCGGACCUCACUGUCAAAGUCAGCAUCUGCUACAACACCUCGAACUAGUGUGAAGAGCAGCCCUGCCGCACCCAGGACAACCGCAGCCUCACCAGUUACAACCACAUCUAGCAUGAAAAAUACUUCUGCUUCCCCACCCAAGAGGCCAACGUCUAUCAAGACUGAAACCAAGCCUGCAGAUGCCAAGAAGACCCCUGUGAAAUCACCAUCAGCCGACUUGAGCCGCCCAAGGAGUGCUCCUGGAAACUCGCUGAAGAGUAGCACCACAACCUCUACUGCUACCACCCCUACUACUACUAUGACUUCACCUGGAGUUGCCACCAGUCGCCCCAAACCCAAGCCAGCUGCCACCAGACCCACCACAGCCUCUAGUGCAAAUGCAGAUGCUAAAAAACCAUUGGCAGCCAAAGCUCCGCUGAAAACCAGCACCACAUCCAAGCCGUCUCGCCCAACCAGCAGCGUUUCUGCCCCAGACCUGAAGAACGUACGCUCCAAAAUUGGAUCCACAGAUAACAUUAAGCAUCAGCCUGGGGGAGGAAAGGGGAAAGUAGAGAAAAAACCUGAAUCAGCCGGUGCUGCACGAAAGCCUGAGUCCAAUGCAGUCUCUAAAAUGGCUACUACUAAAACAACUGUCACAAAAGAGAGUGCACAAAAACAGCCCAAUGGGAAAGUCCAGAUAGUCUCCAAAAAAGCGAACUACAGCCAUGUCCAGUCCAAGUGUGGUUCCAAGGACAAUAUUAAGCAUGUCCCUGGAGGUGGGAAUGUGCAGAUCCAGACCAAGAAAGUUGACCUUUCCAAAGUGUCUUCCAAGUGCGGCUCCAAAACGAAUAUCAAGCACAAGCCAGGGGGAGGAGACAUCAAGACUGAGAACCAGAAGCUGAACUUCAAGGAGAAACCGCAGGGGAAGGUGGGCUCCGUGGACAGCGCGGGGCAAACCCCCACUGAAGGCCCGGUGAAGACCGAGGAGAGCAAAGAGGCAGCGCUGCCAGCUGUGGCCCCCCUGGACGGAGCGGCGGCUGUGCCCCAGGCGGGCGGCAUCACGCAGGAGAACGGAGUGGGGCCGGCUGUGCCCGCGGCUGCGGGUGGUGGUGACCAAAGGGACAGUCAGAGCUUCGACACUCAGAUACAAGAAACAAAUUGAACCCCACCAGCUGACGUUCCGUGAGAAGGCCACGGCUCGCACGGACCACGGAGCGGACACCGUCGUCGCCAACCCCCAACCUCCCCAGCAGCACCUCCGCCCGGCGCGGCGCGGCCGCCGCCUCGUCACCACUGCACCAGCCGGCUCCCCUUGCAGAAGACCUUUCUGCAGCGCUUUCUCAGCAAGGCUUGUGACUCCCCCAGUCUCCCCCCCCACCGCGCUCCCAGGGGGACUCAGCUUGGCCCCCUUAACCCGGCGCCUGGCUCUAGAGGGGAAGGGCACCGCACGCGAGCAGGGCUAGCUUCCUUUCGGGGAGGCUGCCUCGGUCUCCAUCGUCCUGACAGCCGCCCCCUGUCCCGCGCCACCCUCUCCUCUCUUCACCCGACGUCCUUGCGCUGAGGCGGCUCUCAGGGCGAGCUCGAGGGUCAGGCUUCUGCCUUCAGGACAGGGGGCCGGGGAUCUGUCAGCCGAAGGGGUGUUUAAGCCAGCCCUGGGUCGGGGGGCCAUUGAGCCUUGCUCCGUCGCUGCCUGCGGGCCACAGCCAGGCUGGAGUUAAUGGGGAAAAGCUGUGACCUUCCUCUCUUUUUUUGUUGGUUUUUUUUGUGUCCCCCUUGCUGCUUGAGUUUCUGCUGUUCCUAUUGACUGACGGUAUAGAUCACACACACACGUACAUACACACGCUAGGCUGUUUUAACUGUUGACUUUCACCUUUUACUCUUUUCGUGACAGUGUUGAUGAUUUCUCAAGCUACGGCCCCUUCCCUUCCCGCUCUCACCCCGUUUCGCUCUCUCUUUCCCCUUCUUCCCCUAACCAUAGGAGAGUAAAGACAUUAACCGCUGCUGCAGUGCUGGCUUCUUACCGACAUAUCCAGCCAUUGUAACUGGGUUUCUUUUUUUCUUUAUUGUUGAGAUUUAUUUUUUUGUUUGUUUGUUUUUAAUAUUUUAAAAUAAUGGAGCAAAUUCAUGGGAAUAAGCCAUGUCUGAAGGGAAGGGCACGAGAACAAGCUAGCGGGAAGUCUCUUGCCGCAGCCGUUCCACCAGGCCCCGCGCUGACUUCGCGGGGAGCCGGGGCACGAGUGCCUGGCGCGCCCCCGCGGGUCGCGUUGCCAGCCCCAGUGGGUGCUCCAGCACCUGCCCGUGCAGCAGCUCCUGCGAGGGGGAAGGCGGUUUAUUUAUGAACUCGGAUAACCACCGCCCUGCUCGCUGGCCGGAGGCUGGUGGCUGGGAGAGACGCGAGGCUGCUUGCACGAGGGUGCCGCGGGUUAGCGCGGGCUGUGUGUUGAGGCAAGGGAAAGGUUGGCAACGAUGGGCCAGGUGACCCGAUCACCCGGCUGGGACGAGACCUGGCGGGAGAACGGAGAAGCCGCCUCCCGUCCAGAAAGUGGGGAGCAGGAAGUCUGCGGAGGGCCGGGGGGGCUGAGCCUUGGCGCGGCGCGGGUCGGGUCGGCAGGCGGUGGGGGCCGGCCCUUGCUCUGGAGGGUUCUGGGUUGUGGUCCGAGCUCCUUGUUUUACGUUGCGAACAACACUAAAGAAAGGAACUGUAAAUAAACCUCGUGCGCUCAAGUCCAACUAACACGAAGCAGCAAGCAGAUAACGAAACACUGGGAUCAAAGGUAGCUGGAGGCAGACUUCCACCGGGGGCCGGCCGGGCUGGGCUGGGCUGGGUGGGACUGGGGGUCCGCGAGGCAGUGGUGGCGGCAUCCCCGCCUGGUGGGAAUACUUGUUUGGGAAGCUGCCGCCGGCGCGACCGCCCGGAGCCUGUAUUUACACACAAAGACUCUUAUUGCACUUGUAUUUUUAUAUUAAAGUUUGCAUGAUUUCUAAUAAAACGGCAUUAAAGUGUGCUAGUUGGCAUCCAAGUGGUCUGCUAGUUGCGUUAAGUGCUUUUUUCCUCUCCAGGCGAAAUUCGAUAAGCAAUGCAGAUUUGCACCUGACCGGGGCGGUUAUAUAUACCCCAGCCCUCACACCGCUCCCCCACCUCUCCCCCUCCCUUCAUUGCACAUGCACACUCAUCCCAGGACCAGGGACAAGCACCCAAGCUGCUCACAUUCGCCUGCCCGUGUGCUCGGCUGCGGUGUGGCUGCCUGCCUCUGUCGCCAUUCCCUAGGGGGGCCAUCGGAAAAGCACUAAUACCCUCGUCCCCCCUCGCCCCGUCUGCUCUCCUCGCGCUUGCUCCGCGGGUGUGCCAGCCGGGCUGCAGGUGGAGGCAGCAAGGGCAGCGCCAUGUCUCUCAAACCCAAGCAGCUGCUCCCCAGCCUCCGUGGUGGAGGACACAGAGCGGCUGCGCUUGCUGUCCCUCUCCCUCGGCCCGGCGAGGAGCCCUCGACGUCCAGCACGGCCCCGGGUGGGAGAGCGGCGCUGCGUUGCGAUGCCCGAGGCACCGCCGCAGCCCCUCUCCCUCCGAAGCUGCUGGCUCUUACCAUCCCUCGCCCCUGCAUGUGGCCUGCGGGUGUAUAUAUCACUGCCCUUCUUUGAGGCUUCCUCUUCCUCGGUUACUAAAUUUUAAACACCGGCCGGUCCUUUGAAACCUGCCGAUGCCAACACUUGAAGUGCAGAGAAGGUGGUAGAGGGGGUCGGAGGUCUCCGGCGUCGGCUUUGCUUCCCGAAGCAAUAACGGGGUCUGCUCGGAGACGGGCAGCUUGACGGGGUGACAGGAGGGUGGGCGCGCAUCACCUGGAACAGGCCUCCCCGUGGGCCGGGGCAGCAAGAAACCCCGGGCACCGAGACGCCGGCUCCGGGUGAUGCACCAGGGGCAGCUCUGAGGCAGGGCCCAGCCGGGCAGGUUGGGCUCGAGCGCGGCAAAGGGAAGCGGGAUGCUGGCAGGCCGCGGGGGCGUUUGGUUCGGAGCACGGGGCAGCACUGGGCCUCCUCGAGGUCCCCGGGGUCCCUGGGGGUGGUGGGGAAGGCUUGUGCUGAGGGCAGGUGGAAACGUCGCACUUCAGGUUUUAUGGCUGCAGAAACAAAACCCUCUUUUUUUUUGCAAAGGAUGGUGCAUUUCUCCCCCCAGGAUGUGACCCGGCGAAUUUACGGGGUGCGGGUCUAGGAGAAGAGCCCGGGCCGCGGUGCAGAGCCGUCUUACAGCCCCGGCCGCAGACCGACCUCCGCUUCUGUGCCUGCGUGGGGCUGAGUCGAGCUAGGCCUGGAUCCCGGAGGUCAGGAGGUUUCCUGUUUUAACCAUCUUUUGUGUUUGUUUUAAAGAAAGAGCUGGACCUGCUGCUCGCCCGGGAACGGGGCGAAGCCUGCGGUGGACGUGACUUGCUUCCCCGCGGAGGGAUGGGAGCGAAAGCGGAGUUAGGCAGAGACCGUAACAGCGAGGGGGCAUUUCGGUCAUUAGACUAUCGACCCCGAGGUCACCUCCUUGCUCCCAUCGCUCUUCCCUGCCGAGGGCAGGGGUAGCAGGGUCGGCACAACUCCUGGCCGGGGUGGAGGCUUCCUCCAGCUGCCUCCUUGUGCGUGCGGGGCAACGGUCCACGUGCAGGGCUCCCAGCGCCCUGGCGUCCCAGGUGAAUCGGGCUGGGCUGGCAGGACAGGAGAGUACUGGGGGCUCUCGGGGUGGUCCAAGGACGAGGUCAGACAUUCCCUGUGCGGCUUGAAUUAGGUGUGUACGUGCAAGUUCCCGGCCUGAGAUUCCUCUCGCAAACCCCAGCACUCCCUGCGGGUUGCUUGGCGCGGGGUCUCUGGGAUCGGCAAGGUGGCGGCGCGGCGCGGGCAGCAAGGGGGCUGUUGGGUGCGGGAGCACAGGGACCUGGUUGAAGGCAGGUGUGGGCUGCAAGGAGCACGCCCCAUGGGGAUGUCCGGGCCACGGUGGACUCGACUCCUGCCGGCUGGGGCGUAGUCACCCCCCAAAGCGCCCGUCUGCGCAGGAACGUGACGGCCUCCCCGUCGGCAAGGAGCAGCUCCACGGUGGCCGUGCCAUGGCGUUCCUGCGGGCAGCGCCGGACGCAGCAUGGAGGGGUCCGUGGUUGGCUGAAGCAGUACGUGGCGAGGGCGGGCAGCGGUGUGGAUGGCGUUGGGGCAUGGCGUGCAGCGGUGCGUGUGUUGAGCAUGGGCGUGCGCUAGCUGGAAACAUUGGGGCGUUGGCAGGAGCAGAGGGCUUCUCGGUGCCGGUGGCAGCUUGGUGGACUCGUGCAUGCCGGGGCCCUGCAUCCUCUUGUAGCUCGGGGACAUCAGCAGCACUCGGGGGGCUUCUUCCCUUGCCAAGCAAAGGACAUUCAAAUACACGGGUGCCCAGACUCGUGGCCGCGGGGCAGGAGCCUGGGGCUGGCAGCUGGCAUGGCAGGGCUCUGGGUCUGCCCUCCAGGUGCCACGGCCUCCCCAGUGGGGUUUCAUCCCUCUGCUCCUUGCCUCAGGCCCGUGCUGGGCAGGGGGUGUGGACGGGGCGCUAGGCUAGCAGCCCCGUGGGCACGGUGGCCUGUGGCAGGCACUACGGUCUCCGCAGGCGUCUCCUGCUCAGAGCCCUUUCCUUGUGCCACUCGUGCAGUUGGCACCAGGGAGAAGGACCCGGGCCACGGGCUGCCAGUGGGCGUCCUUUCGGCAUUGCAGGCCUGGGGAACCGGGGAGGUGCCGGAGAGCAGGAGAAGCUGAGCUGGAGGUUUGCCGUGGGAAGGCAGCAGCAAGCAGCACCCCCGAUCCCCUCCAGCGCCGAGCUGGGCUCUAGGUUCGGCGUUGGCCGACACGAGUCUCUCUCUCACCGAUUUCACUUAGUAACAGGUUGGUGUCUCGUGUGACCCACUCACCAGGCCCCCGUCCUCAGCACUCAGUGUUGCCUGCAGACUCCGCUCCCCCUUCACGUAGGUACAGAGAUGAGGACGUGGUGGGGAAAGGCUGGAAGGAGACUGGAAGAGGAGGUGGAUGCAGAGGCAGGCGUGGUCUGGGCAUGGUGCCAGGAGCGAGGAAGCCUGGAGUUCGAAUCCUGGCUCCCUCUGGUCUUGGCAACUCUGUUUCCCUGCCUCAGUUCCCCCAUCUGCAAAAUGGGGAGAAUAAUACUUGCCUCGCAGGGCUGCUGUGAGGCUGCUCAGUGUGUGUGUGACGCUCUCAGUGUUCAGUAUUACUAUGAUUUUGUGUUGUAGGCGUAGUAUGCCGACACUCCAGCCCCUCUCGUCGGGCAGACUCCCCCUAACGCUGGAGGGGAGCACGGAGCCGACCCCGCACGGCCGCGACCGUGCAACCAGCUCUUGCUGUAAUGUCGAGUGGUGCUGAUGGCCCAGUGCUGUGGGGGGCGACGCUGAUGGGAGGGGGGAGGUUUUGCAUGGAUGUAAAGGCUGAGACGACAGGCGUGGGACGGGGCAGGGGGUUUGCCCCUCUUGCCGCCACCGGGGAGGGAGUUCAUCGUGGUUGCUUUUGCCUUUCUGUUCCACCCUCCUCUCGGGCUGUGUACGACUGUCUCCAUUAGCAGCAUUUCCUGAUUUUUGACGUUGUGAUUCUUACUAUUGUAAAGGAUUGAAAUAAAGCUUCUAGAUGUUCAACCUUG